AACAAAAUUACGAAAACCGCCAUUUCUCCCCGGAAAUAGUAUUAUACCCUUCUUCUCAGCUCACUAGAUCACUCGAUUUCUCGAACUCUCUCCACCACUAUCACCUUGACGGCCACCGUGCCCCUGACGUGCGCCACCACUAAAUGUGAUAUAAGUAAAAUAAAAUUCCAAAAAAGAAAAUGUCUUCACACGAGCAAGCCCUGGCCUCUUUAGUCUCCCAACUUGCCCUAUCCUUCGACGGAGCGAUUCUCGGCGUAGCACUUGCGUAUGCCGCCGUCCGUUCCUUCCUGAAGUUUACAUCUAAUUCCAAAGCCCUUCGUAAAAUUCGCAAGGCUCCUACCCUUAGAGUCUCCGAUCUCCGCUCCAUCCUUGACCUUCCCCAGCCGUCCGAUGAAAACCAAAACCAGAAUCUUGACCAAGACCAAAAUCAGAAGCUCGUGAUUGUACGCGGACAGGUAGAGGCCAAAUCUGCCAUCGAUGGCAACUGGAGGUCUAAUGUGUUGGUUGCGCAUGAAUCUGGUGAUAAGGCUGUUAUUGUACAGAGAAUUCAAACUUGUAUAUACAAUGAAUGGAAGGGCUUCUUUGGAUGGACUUCUGAUCUACGAGCUAUCUUUGGCAGAUCUUGGAGAGAACAAGAAUCAAUCUCAUUGCGAACGGUUCCUUUUGUUCUUGUUGAAGGUGGUCGAUGGCCUCAAUCAGAUUAUGUUAUUGUGAAUAUGGAUGCUUCAAGACAUCCUCUGCCUCUUACAACAAUGUAUCAUCAAUUGCAACCUAUUGAUGCUUCUCCAUAUACAUUCCUUCAGGCACUUUUUGGUCAUGAAUACCCUGUUGGGCUGCUUGAUGAGGAGAAAAUCCUCUCAUUAGGGAAGGAGAUCAAUGCUGUUGGCAUUUGCAGUUCUAGAAAUGGAGUUCUUGAGAUAAAAUCUUGCAAGGAUCUUCCCUAUUUUCUGUCCGAUAUGAGUAAAGAUCAAAUGGUGGUAGAUCUUGCCUUCAAAACAAAAAUACUGUUGUGGAGCGGUAUUGUUCUUGGUUCACUAUCAAUUGGUGUUCUCAGCUAUGCAGUCGUGAGGAACUGGAAUAGGUGGAAAGAAUGGAGGCAGCAUAGACAGUCUCAGCAACAAAACCAUGCUGCUAGCAAUGGUGAUGCCCCUCUGAUUGAUGCAGAUGAGGAAGCAGGAGAUGUGCCAGAUGGACAGUUGUGUGUGAUAUGCUUGAUGAGGAGAAGACGAUCUGCAUUCAUUCCAUGCGGGCAUCUUGUUUGUUGCCAACUCUGUGCUAUAUCAGUUGAACGUGAGGUAUCACCGAAGUGUCCUCUCUGUCGACAGGCAGUCCGCAAUUCUAUGAGGAUAUUUGAAUGCUGAGGAACCAAGAGAUGUUUUCUUUAAGUGUAUGCAUUGGACAGAUAUUCUGAUGAUGAAUAAAGUAUAUUUAGUAAUUGUGUAUACACGUAGGAUGCGUACUUAUUGAUAAUAGUAAAUGUGCAGCUCGAUGUUGCUUAAUAGAAUUUUUCAUGAUUCCGUCC